AUGGCCAAUCCCAGCGCCCCAGCAGGGCAGUCGGGGAACCCAUUGUGGCAAGAAUGGUUAAAGAAGUGGUUAGAGAAAAAUAAGGAGAACGUGGGGAAGGGCACUAUUACAGAUGCAUUAUGGAAGGAUCUCGAGCCAACGUAUGAUGCCUUCGUGAAAGAAGUAAAGGAGGCCCAACAGUCUUUUGAAAUGGAUAAACUCUGUGAGAGUACGGGGCACUUGACUAAUGGUGCAGUGUAUGUGGAUGGCGUGAAGACACUAUGUCAAGGCAUACUUAAAAUACGAUAUUUCAUGAGUGGAGUAAAAACAGAGAGGUGGGGGCUGCUAAGGGGAGUGAGGACGGAUCAUCCAGCAAAGAUUGAGAAGCAUAUGUCGGCGGACGAAAUUUUUAAACGAUGUAUCGUCGGCAUGGUCGGCCUCUGGGAUAUUUAUGGGGAACACUGUAAAUUGGGGGACGUCAUACAGAAGGUCCGUGAAGAUGUGGACACGAAGUUAAGUGUGCACUUGACUUCACGGCAUUUAGAAAACUUGAAUAUGUGUAAAAGCAUUACUGCUGAGGGUUUAACUCUUGGUAGAACAGUUCUUGGGGAUAGAAUUAAAAAUUGGGUUAAGGAAGAUAAGGGGAGGGCAGAGAGGAAGAAGGGGGAUAUAUAUAGCAGGUGGGUGGGUGGAGCAAUGUAUGUUGGUGAGGGAAUGUGUCCUGGGGGGGAGGACGAAAAGAAGAAAGCAAGGAAAGACAAUAUGGAAGUUAUGGCAAAAUUUCUCAGUCUAUCAGGCGCUAACGCGCACGGGGGGAACAAUAGUCAACCGAGUGUGUUGGAUGUCCUAAUGAACGACAACAUUAGAAUACCAGACAUCACAUUAGAAAAUGCACUUCUAGGAGUAGUGAAGAAGGAUAGUACUGCUGGUGGUGUUACAGUGGACACUGAAGAACUAACCAAGGCAAUAACGAAAUUACAGACCGCAUCCGAAAAAGCACUAAAGGGUGGUCAAUGUAAGGACAUAGAUGGUUUAUGUGAUCGCGCACAGUGUGCAAUGAAGCAAUGGUUCCCAGACAGGGGGAAAAAGGAGGAGCAGCAAGCUGACAGGAAGGAAAUGUGGAACGAAGUCAAAACGGAAGUUACCAGCCUUUACAAUGCCCUGCCUGACAAUGGGGGAAGCGACGGCGAUGCAGACGAUCUGUGCAAGGGCAUCAUAUGCCCCAAUGAAAAUGCAAAUUGUGUAAGCAAAACAACAUGCAACAUUAUGAUUAAAGCAUUAAAGGAGGUAUAUAAAGUUGGGGAUGAUGACACAGCUUCGGGGCCACGCAAAUUGAAUGAUCGAAUAUUUAAGUCUACCAUGCGUUGUGUAAUACUCAAUGCAUUCGCAGAGAAAUUAAAACAACAUGCUCAGGGGGGUGGUUAUGCCUGUGCCGUCGAAGACGGCAUAAUUAAAGCAUUUGCUGCAGCGCAGGAGAAUAAGAAAUAUGAGAAAUGGUGUGAGGAGAAAGUUAAGGGGGAUGGUUCCUGUCAGCCAUGUGGAAAGGAGCAUCAGGUGUGCACGGGUUCUAAAAUUAGGAAUGAACUUCUGUUGGAUAGCGUAAAGGAGGAGUUAAACAAGGACUCCAACACCAAAGUGAAAUCCACAUUCGAAGAAAUAAAUAAGAAAGCCACUUUAUGUGAUCGUCUACACUGUGCUAUAAACCACUGGAAGACAGCAAAAGGAACACCACAAACACAGAUCAACGACGAAGAAUUUUGGACAGGGAAUGAUAGCCCCGUGAAGACACUGUGGGAUGAAUUAGCAGAGAAAAUGAAGGCAACUAAUGGAACAGGGAAUGGAGAAUGUGGUUCAUUUGAAACUGAAGCUGAGAAGUGGGCAUGCAAGUAUUUGCAUGCCGGCUUUGAAGAACUGUAUAAGAAGCCGGAGGCGUCGGCGGCGGCGACGACGCCGACGGCGUCGUCGUCUGUUUUAGACAACCCAUCGUUUAGACAAACGAUGGGUUGUUUCUUACUUCACUCUUAUGCAAAACACAUGAAAGAAAAAGCUGUUUGUGACAUAGAGGAAGGAAUAAAGAAAGCAUUCGCAACUGCUGGGAAGGGUAUUGGUACUGCCUGCACUGGUGGUAAUGGACAAUGUAUUCCAUGCAAAUGGGAACAGGAAAAAUAUGAAAGUUGCGAAAUUAGCACAAAUGGACAAAGCGGCACCAAUGACAAGGUUGAGGACAAAUUGAAUACCAUCAUCAAUAAGGACACUGACCAAGCACUGAAGGAAGGGACGGAAGCUGUAAAUAAACUGAACUUAUGUCAACGCUUUGAAUGUGUAUCUAAUAGAUGGAUCAAACAGAAUAAUGGGAGUCGCAGUUGGAAGGAUGUAUGGGAACAAGUCAAAACUGAACUCACCCAACUGGUCGCGGCCACAUCUGAAGAUAAGAGAAAAGUUCUAGUGAAUUACUGCGACCUCGGGAAUCAUACGGACGGAAGGCCGAGAGAUAAGGAGGCUUGCCUCCUUAUAGCAGCAGGAUUAAAAAACCUCUACAAUAUCACGAACGGCACCGGCACCGACGGUGCCGUUGAGGCAUCGUUUCAAAGAACGAUGCAUUGUGUUUUAUUAAAUGCCAUAGCAGAUAAAAUGGAAAGCAAGGAACUUACAUGUAAAGAGGAAAGGAGUGUGACGGAAGGAAUAAAUAAGGCAUUUGGCAAUAGUGGACAAAUUAAGGGGGACAAUAAGUGCAAUGAUGAUAAAUGUUUCACAUGUGAGAGGUAUACACAGUUGUCAAGUUGCAAUGUGAACAGUAACAAUGACCAAGUAAAGGCGAAGGUAGAUGAUUUCCUCGAAAAAGAUACUACGCUCCAGAAGGAUGCUCUAAUUACAACCAUAUGUAAACCGUGUGAUCAGGUGAAAUUAUGUGAACGCUUAGAUUGCAUUAGUAAGAAGUAUGGACAGAUCAGGGGCAGAGCGAAUGGGGAACGUUGGGAUACGAUAAUUAAGGGCUACGAUUGGCUCUUCAAUGGAUUCGUGGGUCAUAUGGGGAAAAUGAUGAAUAAUGAUGAAGUUACUACUCACUGCGAAAAGGACAAAGACAGUAAAAAGUGGGGGACAGACGCCCAUGGCGAAGCCAAUAAAAAGGCAUGUUUGCUUACUGCUGCAGGAUUACAUCGCAUUUCCAGUAUUCUGGAAACCUACAGUUUAGGGAACAAUGGCACAGUAAAAAAUGAAAACCCCUUCGACCACCAGGAUACUAAACAAUUCGUCUCCUGCUUAAUGUUAAACGCUCUUAUAAGAAAAAUGAAAAAAGAGAGCCCUAUUUGUGACAUAGACGAAGGAAUAAAGAAAGCUUUCGACUCUGCAGAACAAAUUAAAAACCAGCAUUGCAUAAAUGGUAAACCUUGCUUUGUUUGCAAAUUGGACGUCUAUGACAAAAUUAAGGAUUGCCCCAAUGGUAAUGGCAAUGACAAAGUGAAAGAGAAAAUGGAUUCAUUGCUCACAGACAAAGCUGCCGAAGUCAAUAAAACCCUCAAGGACAUAACUGAUACCGACGGAAAUAAAGGUCCCUUGUGUAAGCGUCUCCAAUGUUUAUCAUCAAAGGUACAAGCACUCACUACGUCUACGGAACCACUCAAGAGCAGUGCGAACGACUUUUGGAAGAAAGGUGGCGAAGUUGAGAAGCUGUGGACAGAAUUGUCCACAGCAAUGAAGACAAAUGGGGACAAAGACAAUGGAACUGUAUGUGGUCAAAUGGAAGAUGGCAGUGCCACCAAUGGUGGCACUGCCUCCAGACAAGCGACUGACCCUGAAAGGAAAGCAUGCCAACAUCUUACAGCAGGUUUUAACAAACUGAAGGAUUCUUCAACGAAUAUAGAUUCAACUUACCCCAUUCUGUCGACCAACCCACUGUUGAGACAAACAGUGGGUUGUUUUCUUCUUAAAGAAUAUGCAAAACAACUGCAAAAAGACUCAACUUGUGUCAUCACUUCUGGUUUAGAGAAGGCAUUUAAGGAAUGGAAUGAAAAAAUUAAUAAAUCUAAUGAUCCAUGCCCGAACGGUAGCCCGUGCAUUGACUGUAAAUGGGAAGACAAUAUUGAUAAUUGCAAUGUGCCGGUUGACAAAACCGGCACAGAAACUGCAAAGAACAAAGUUGAUGCAUUGCUCAAGCAGAAGGAAAACGAAAUGAAAUCAACUAUGGACAAAAUAAACGAAACGAAGUCUUUAUGUGAUCAACUCAAAUGUGCCGCACCCAAAUGGUUCCAAAACGAAAUGAACGGUACUGGUGGUCCCAACAGUGGCAGUGGUGCCGCCAGCACUAGUAGUGGUACGAAGAAGACUUGGUGUGACUUUUGGGGGGAUGAUGGCGUCAGAACAACAUUGCAAACCAUGUUUGAGAAAAUCUCCUCAGAAGGACAGAACAAACCAACGUUAAUCACUAUUGACGGAAUAUGCCAAGGUUUCGGUGAUGGUAAUGAACGAAGUGUUGAAAGAAAAGCUUGUAAUCACAUCGUGGCGGGACUAAAAUACAUUGAUGGCAUUAAGCCCAAUGGUACUGGUGGUGAAGACAAGCAACUGCUCGAUAGAGCAGUUGCUUGCAUUGCUCUUAACCUUUAUGCUGAUCAAAUAAUUGCAAAAUCUAAUGAUAAAUGUCCCAUUGAUGAAAAAAUAGUACAAAAAAUGUUUAAUGAUUGGAAUGUAAUUAAGAGAGCUUCGUCUUCGUGUAAUGGUGUUAGUAAUAAAGACUGCUUUGAAUGUAAAAGGGUACCCACUUCAGACUUUAAGGAUUGCAAACUAAGUGUUGCAGAAACUUUGAUUAAAACAACAUCACCGCCAAAUGGAGAUUGCAAAACUAACGCAACUGAAGUGAAGACUAAAAUGGAAGGUCUCCUCCUCAAGGACGACGCCGUCAAAAUGGAACCAACAUUAAAGGAAAUAAAUAAAAUGGACUCUUUCUGUAGUAGAAUGCAAUGUGCAGCAAAACAAUACUACGCAAAAAAAAAUGGUGGACAAAGCACCGGAGUGAAAUGGAGUGAAAUAAAGGGUGUUGUUGAUGAUGAAUUAAAGAAUCUUCUACAGAAUAUUACGAAUGAUAAGAAUUGGGAACAAACGACGUUUGACCAAUACUGCAAGGAGAAUAUUGGUUCUUCUUGGUCAACCGACACCGAAGGAGAAAAAAAAGCUAAGCAAAAAGCUUGUAAGCUUUUUGCUUCAGGUUUAAAUCACAUUUCUGAUAUUAAAAACGACAGCAACAACAAAAUUGAUGAGGUACCACUUAAACAAACUAUGAUGUGCGCAGCACUUAAUCUUUAUGCUGAUCAAUUAACAAAAAAUGCAAAAGAUCAAUGUCCUCUAGAUAAUAAAAAAUUGAAUGACGCAAUACAACACGCUUUUGAUAAAAAUAAUGCCAUUAUGAAUGGAGGAUCUCAGUGCUCAACUGGUACUAAUGCUGCUAAUUCUUGUUUUGUUUGCAAAAGACAUGACAGUUUUCCCGAUUGCAAAAUUGGUCAUGACAAAAUAGGGGAUAAAAUGACCAAUCUCCUCCUCGAGCAAGACAACUCCAACACCGCAUCCAACAACAACCAGGAAAAAACACUAGAGAAAAUAAAUAAAAUAGAAACUUUCUGUACUCAAGUCCAAUGUGCAAUCAAACAAUACGGAAAAGAUAAAAAAAAAACAGACCCCAAUGGAACAGUGACUUGGAAUGCCUUGAGCGGUGAGAUCGCAAGGGAAUUAAAAGAACUUUUAGAAUAUAUGACGGAGGGACAGAGUCAACAGGAACUCCUAAAGUACUGCGACAACGACGCUAAUUGGAAGAAUUUAGGCCAUAAACAAAGCAAAACAAAUAAAGCAGCUUGUUUGCUUUUUGCUGCAGGACUGCAGCACAUUUAUACCCAUGGUAAUGGCCGUGUUAACGGCCCAUCGUUUGAACAAACGAUGGGUUGUUUAUUUCUUAAAGAAUAUGCAAAACAAUUGCAAACAAUGGCAAAUAAGAAGAAACAAGGAAAUAGUUGGGUACAUCCUAAAUGUGACAUAGAUAAGGGCAUAGAACAUGCUUUCAAUCAAAGUAAUGCCAUUAUGAGUGCAACAUCUCCAUGCAACAAGAAUGGUAGUACUAAUUCUUGUUUUGUGUGCAUACAAAACGAAGGUUAUGAAACUUGCAGAAUUGGCACUGACAGUGUAAAGGGCAAUGUGGAACCACUACUCCAAUCAGAACAAACCCAUAUGCAACAAACAUUAGAGAAUACAGUCUGUCCCAUCCUUAUUACGGAUCUCCUUACCCCUUUUCUUCCUUUGGCUCCUGUCUCCAUUGGUCUUUCUGCUAUGGCUUAUUACCUUUGGAAGUAUUUUGGUCCUCUUGGUAAAGGAGGACCACGCUUCCGAAGAUCUCCUGCUGAAAUACGCGGUCCAUCGGUGCAGGAACAACUCCUUGAUCAUGUGCAGCAAGAUAGUUCACAUGAAUAUCGAUUGGUGAAGGAACGAAAACCUCGUUCUGUUCCAACGAGAACGAAACGUUCUGGUCGCGUGAAUCGUCGCACGAUUAUUGAAAUUCAUUUUGAAGUGUUGGAUGAAUGUCAAAAAGGGGACUCACAAUUGGCUCAGAAUGAUUUUCUGGAACUUUUGGUUCAAGAGUUUAUGGGAAGCGAAUUAAUGGAAGAAGAACAGGUUUCUAAGGAAGAGGUUCUUAUGGAAGGGGUUCCUUUGGAACGAGUUCCUAUUGAACGUGUUCCAAUUUUAGGUUCCGUGUUUAUGGUUUAG